UCUCUCCAACGAGAUCACCUUCGCUCUACUAACCGAAGAAAUUUGAAAAGACGGAACAGUCUAGGAGACAGGAAAGAGUGCGUUAUCGAGGAGAACUCAAAAGUGUUUGGAAGUUUUGCGUCGUAUCAUUAAAAAAAUCAGAAAGUGUUUUAAAGACGAAAAGAUCGUCGUGAUCGAUCGCCCAAAAAUAUCGUCGUUAAAGAGAGAUUUCUCGUAUAAUCGAGUUUCGAGAGAGAUUUAUUCUAUUGACGGCCAGGAAGAGGAGGCACCUAGAAAGUGCCAAUUAUUUUUCGAAAUCGUGGAAGGGAAUAAUCGAAAAACGGCGAACCAUUACGGAGCCAUUCAAUACGCAAGCUCGUACAGUAACGGUCGUACGGCAGCGAGCUUGUACAACAACAAUUGUUCUUCGACCACCACUUACGGUGGCUUCGUGCAGCAUCAACAACAACAACUUCACGAGGAUUAUCGACCAAUUUAUUUUUAUGUCGCUCAACCGUACACGAUACCGUAUACGUUCGCGAAAAGACCGAGACCGAAUUCUUCUCUUCUUAGAUCGGAUAACAGGUCCAAUUGUCGCGUUAAAUUUUCCAAAAAAUUCGCCAACGUAGACUUCUCUCAAAAGGUUAAACAGGGAGAGUUCUCCAAGAGUCUCAAUCAAGUUCAUUUUGCCGAAGGCCAGGACCAAGGAUUUCCGCAUUUUUAUAAACCUGGCCAGACACCGCGCCAUCCAAGAAUGACGUCGAUGUUUCGAAGGGGCACCAUAUUCGCAACUUUCUUUCUCUCGUUACUCGGUGGUGGAUUGGUCUGUGCUGCUCUUGUUACGCAACACUGGGUCGAGGCUCGACCCUGGAGGACACCGAAUCCUCAGGAGAGUGCAGGAAGAGUCCAUUUGGGUUUAUUACAAGGUAAAAAGGAAUUGAACGUUGCUUAUGGCUGGAGGACCUACCACGUAUCAGUACCUCAAAUGUUACGACAAGAUCCAACAGUAAUGUCCUGGGGACUUUGGAUAGGAACUUUAACUGCUACUUCUGCUGCAUUGAUAACUGCUGCCUUUGCCGCACUUUUAGCUGUGCUAAAUACGGCAACCUCACCGAGAUCUAAAGCUCUCUCUGUACCUGGAGUUUAUUUUAUAAACAUUUUAGCGUUGAUGAUGUGUAUAACGAGCGUUGGUACAUGGUUAGCACAAUAUUACACGAGGCUAUACGUCAAUGUCCUACCAAAGGAAGACAUUGAUAAUAUGUGGACCAGUGAAGGUUCGGCCGAACUUGGUUAUUCAUUCUGGCUCGUUGCAACUGCUGCUGUUGUACAUCUUAUUAGUAUCGCAUUAGUCGGUUGGGGAUCCGGAAGAGAAAAAGACAAUAAUUUGGAACCGAUUCCUGCAUUGGAAGAAAAAACUGCCGCAGCAAUAAUGCUCUAUUAGAAUGAUUUUUUUUUUUCGUUUUAAUAUCAAACAAAUGUGCACUGUAAUAUUUCUAUAUAUAUAUAUAU